AUGGAAUGGAGAGUCAUCCAAGCUCGAGGUUUCAUUCUGGAAACUGUUACAGUGAAUGAUGCUGAAUACCAAGGACUUCGAGAUGGAUUGGCGAUGGCUUCCGAACGGAACAUCGAAGACUUAGUUGAUUGGGAGAUUCUCGAAUCGUCAUACAACAAGUACAAGUGUCAAACUCUGAAAGAAAAGUUCCGAACGGUGAGGCUGGUUCACGUCAAAAGGGAGUAUAACCAAUCUGCGGACUAUCUCACGUCCAAGACAUUGGCGUCUGGAGAGAAUUGGGAAGUGACAGACCAGGAUGAGUUUGCACAUUUGGAACGAGUAUCCAGAAUCGCUGAACAGAUUAUGAAGCGGAUGCCCACUCCGGACGAAGAACCGAAGGACCUGAACGAGAUUGUCCAGACGGAGGCAGGAGUCUGCGAGAGUGGAAUCUACUCCACUGCCGCCGGCCACGAAAGUGCUGGCGGUUCUGACUUGGUCUGUGAACUGGCCCAAUGGGACCUCUCGAGUUCCAGACGGAAAGAUGGCGACGAAUCCGGGUGCAUCAAGACGGAGAUGAAUAUCCUUCGGAACCAAAAAGGUGAUUUCGAUCGUUUCUCCCCGAGAUGUCUCCGGAAGAUAGCAAAACAUGCGGAACUUUUCGUGUUGGAUGGCAGAGAUAUUCUGUACCGACUGGCGCAGUCGACCAAAGAACGACCUCGGGACAUGGAAUCCGAGCUACGACUAGCCGUAUGGACUUCGCUUCGAGAAGACCAACUACAUUUUUGCACACGAAGAUUAUCACGGCAGACACCAGGGCAUCAAGAGGACCUAAAAGAAACUCCGGACGGAGUUUUAUUGGCCUGGUAUCUGAAAGGGACGUCCGGUCCUUCGCCCGGAAACAUUGAGUCAGCUUAUCCUUUCGAAGUUCUUUCGAUGGAUUUCGUGACUCAUCUUUCACGAUCCGAGCAAGGAAAUACCUUCUUGCUUCUCUUCCAAGACACCUUUUCCGGAUUUGUGAUGUGUAAGCCGAUGGGUUCGACUACGGCAAAAGAAGUGACGGAAGCGUACGAAGAAACAGUUUUUCGACGGUUCGGAGCGAGCUCCCUUCUGAGACACGAUCGGGAUCCGAGAUUCAUGUCUGAGGUGUUCACUCGUUUCAGAGAGCUGUUGGGGAGCCGACGUGCAACGUUGGGUUGUCGCCCCCAAGCAAAUGGUCAGCACGAUAGAUCUGCCCAGACGGUGAUACGUUCCGUCCGGGCAUACGUUGCUGAAGCUGAUCAAGUGACUGGGAUGACCACGCCAAGUGAUUGA